AAAGACCCUGCUUUUACCACAUUCUAGUAAUGGCUCUCGGCAUAAUAUUAACACAGUGAAUCAAAGGCAGUCGGGUGUAUCUUAGCUUUGUAAAAACUAUACGCAAUACUACUGUUUUUCCUUCUGGUCGAAUUUCAGGUCUCCCCUCUAUGUGGACGAAUUAUCCACGGGAUGGUGAUGAAAAAUGGGUAUCUAUCUGGUUUGUACAUAGGAAAUGCUCUUGUUAACUUUUAUAGCACGUUUGGGAAAAUGGAAGAUGCCCAUCAAGUGUUUGAUCAAAUGCCUCAGCAGGAUGUCUUUUCUUGGACAAGUCUGCUCCUUGGAUAUACAGAAAACAAAGAAAUGGUUAGAGCUAAUGAAAUCUUUUCUAAGAUGCCGUUGAGGAAUGAAGUGUCUUGGGCUGUUAUGAUUUCGGGUUUUGUUAGAGGAGGGCUAUAUGUUGAAGCCCUUAAAUAUUUCCAAAUUAUGAUAUAUGAUGGUAUGGUGAAGCCAAACGAAGCCAUUAUUGUUUCUUCCCUAUCAGCAUGCGCACAUCUUGGGGCACUAGACCAAGGAAAUUGGAUAAACUCGAUCAUAGACAAUAACAGAAUCUCGAGAGGUUCAAACAUUGCCAGCGCUCUGAUCAACAUGUACGCUAAAUGUGGGAAAGUAGAUUUAGCAAGCCGAGUUUUCAAUCAAACGUUGAGAAGAGAUGUUCUAAUUUACACAAGUAUGAUUACUGGAUUCUCUAUUCACGGGCUUGGAAACGAUGCUCUCCUUGUUUUCAACCAAAUGCUAGCCGAAGAUGUAAAACCAAACGAUGUUAGUGUUCUCGCGGUUCUAAAUGGAUGUAGCCACUCCGGUCUAGUUAAUGAAGGAAAAUCAAUUUUCUACAUUAUGGAGACUAAAUGGGGAAUCAUACCCAAGAUUGAGCACUAUGGUUGUUAUAUAGACAUGCUAUCUCGAUCCGGUCAUUUGGAAAGUGCUUUCGAAACAAUCAAGAAAAUGAAAAUGGAUCCAGAUAAAGCUAUAUGGAGGGCUUUGCUUAAUGGGUGUAGAAUUCAUCGUGAUGCUACUAAAGCCGAGCUUGUUAUUAAUCACAUUGGACGGUUUUACCCUUGUAUUGGUAGCAGUGGAGGUGAGGUUCUCAUUUCGAACUUGUAUGCGUCAUUAGGUAUAUGGGAGAAGGUGGAAGAAGUGAGGAAGAUGAUGAUAGGUUCAUCAAGCAGUCCUGGAUGUAGUUGGAUUGAAGUUAAUGGAAUCAUGAAUGAAUUUAGAGUUGGUGAUGCAUUGCAUCCACAGAUGUAUGAAAUUCGAAGAGAAUUAGUUGAGAUUUUGAAGAGGUUGAGUGAAGAACAAGGGUAUAUUGCUACUACGACGUUAGUUUCUUUUGAUGUAAACGAGGAAGAGAAAGAGGAAGCUGUGGCGUGGCAUAGUGAAAAGUUAGCGAUUGCUUUUGGAUUAAUGAGUACACCAUCGGGAAGUUCAAUCAGAAUCGUGAAGAACUUGAGGACUUGCGAAGAUUGUCAUUUUGUUUUGAAGGCUAUUUCUAAAGUGUUUAGUAGAGAAAUUGUUGUUAGAGAUAGGACAAGGUUUCAUACUUUUACGUCGGGGAAAUGUUCAUGUAAGGAUUAUUGGUGAAGAUUGUUUUGUUUGUAUUAUUA